AUGUCGUUCCAGCCGUUGUACAGGUACAUCGACCGCGAUAGCCUCGCCGAGCAGGUGCGAAAGCACGGUGCCGAUCCUUCACAACGCCAAGUAGCCAUUGUCGAUGUUCGAGACGACGACUUUGAAGGCGGAAAUAUUCUGAAUGCGCAGAAUCAUCCAUCAUCGACUUUCGCGGACAAUGUCGAAGAUCUCGUCUAUGGCCCGCUCAAGGAUUACAAGCAAGUCAUCUUUCACUGCCAUCUUUCGCAACAGCGUGGACCGAAAGCCGCGGGCCAGUAUGCAAAGGCGAGACAGGCGGCAAUCGACUCGGGCAAGUUGCCCAAACCGGAAGAGACGCAGCAAGAACAGCAAGAGGUGCUUGUACUGCGAGGCGGCUUCAGCGAGUUUCAGGACAAGUACAAGGCGGAUUCAGCAGUGGUCGAAAAGUAUGAUGCAUCCGCUUGGGAGUUGCGCAACUAA